GUCUUCAACACGCGGCUUUCGCAUGGAAUCUAUCGAUGGAAGGUCCAGAAUGAGGCUUUUAUCCGAUAUGCUGAUCCGUGAAGCCCCUUCAAGCCAAGGUUCACACUGAGCCUACAUAAAAGCGAUUUGACUCGAUACGAAGUCAUUAUUGUUCGCCGCCUCCUCUGCAGCUUAAGAUCGCUUUCACAUAACGUGCUCAGGUAGGAUCAUAUCAAUCCGAUACCGAAGGAGAAGCAUUACUGUAGCACUCCCGCAACACGUUGUGUAGGCAUGGUCCUUAUUAUUAUCUUCAUGAACCAAUAGUGAACCUUCCCUUUCACCAUUGUGUCAUAGGCAGGCCACUAAACCAAAACCCCUCCCAACCCUUCUACUUCUUCCCAUCAACUCGCUAUUCACAAUGUACGCCUCCGCAAUGUCGAUGCUCCCAAACAUAAUGCCAGGCGCUCAAAUGCCAAUGAUGCCUCAUGUACCUCAACCCCCGCAUACCCCAAUCAGUCGUGCCCCUAGUCCAUCUGGAUUUAGUCGAGUAUCAGAUGGUUUACCUUUCAGAACCAGCCCAAGCCUCUCGGAUUUCCAAAUCGAGAAGUCAGCAAAGAGCCCGCCAUCCUCAGCUCGACGGAGGACUAUGAUGCCCAUGCCGCAGGUCGAUGACGAAUUUGCCUUUCGUGAAGCUGUCUCAAAACUGUUGGCAGCGAGAUUAAGAUUGUCAACGAUAUCAGGAUUGAUACCGAUGGAUUCAUCGCAAUUGGUGUUAUUUUUUCGGACGAAGAGUGGCAUCACCCACUCUUUAGAUUUCCCUAUUGAUGUUGACCAGAAUUCCCCGCCUGCCCUAGACGUUCUCAUUGCUGCUUGCCGCCCUCAUCAAACGUCUGAUUACGACGAUUACUCUGAUAACGAGUCUUUAUUUUACCCACCUAAUUUUCCGCUGACUACGUCGCUCGAGAUCGCCAACUUGCCUAUCCUUGACGCAGUACGAAGCUCACUAUUUCCUCUCCUACCCCAAGGCCACUAUCUUACUGUUAUGCGAGACAAACUCGAGGUUGUCGUCAAGGGUGGACGUAUGGGCCCACAACCCCGCUCCCUCCGUAACGAUGGUAGAGUAGCUACCAUCGUGGUUACGCUUCCCGUGCGAUUCCGCGGAGGAAGCUUCAUCGUUCGAGAUUCAGAGGGAUACGAAGAGAGAUACUUUGGACGUGGAGGAAAGAAUGGUGAUAUGGAGUGGCUUGCCUUCUCUGCCGAUUGUGAGUACGAAGUGGAGACUGUCACGAAGGGAUGUCGGAUCACGAUAUUGUAUGGGGUUUAUCUGAAGACUUUUGGGCCGACUGGAGUUACGGAGCCACUUAUCAACCCGAGCGACAACUUCUUGGAUUUGAUGUCGCCAGUACUCAAUAUGUCCUUGGGUCGUCGGGUUGGGAUCUAUGUAUCUAACGAUUACGGUGUGAACCCUUCAGAGGUUCUGGCAGAAUCGCUAGUUCCAAUGUUGAAAGGCGGAGACUCCGUUCUCUAUCACGCUAUCAAGCUGUACAAGCUCUCUCCAGAACUACACUGGACUGCAGGCGGAUACAUCUGGCCUGUAGACCGUACCGUCGAGAUCGCAGAACAAGGCCAAAAUUCCAGUCCCAGCGCGAAACUUGCUGGUCUCCUCGAAACACCUCGCGGGCGUGUAACAAGCACGCCUGCUGUCCGAGGUGCAUUUGCUCUUCCACCACACGCUGGCUCUGCUUCCGGUCGAGCUGGAUCCGUUGCUGGCCGUGCGGGCAGCGUCAACGGGGGCUUUAGUGGGAGCUCUGCCGGGAGUACAUACCCCGACUCCGACGAAGACCUACUCGACAACCUCCGCUACCGAGUCCAACAAAGCGGUGCCAUCCCCCUUGGAGAAGCGGAUAUUACGAUCUUGAAUGAUUGGAACAACCCGACUCCGAUGAUUGGGAAGGAGAGAGUCCCGUUUGUUGUCGGUGGGGAGUUGGAUAAGUUGGUGGUCAAUGCGUUGAUGGUCAUUUGUCCUUGAACAGGAUCGAAAAAGGGUAGGGAGGAAGCGGAACGAGGAUGCUGGUGCGCCCUCUUCGAAUAUACCAUUUCAUUUUUUCUCUUUUUCUGUGUAAGAAUCUCCACGAACAUUAUAAUGAUGUAGGAUAUUGAACGAGGAUUAUGAGGAUACGAGUAGUCGUAUAUAGGUGGUACAUCGCUAUGGAUUGUAUGAGAUCGUAGGACACUGUACUAAUCAUAUUGUAAUAACGAACUAGGUUUACG